AUGGCUGAUGCUGCUGCUGCCCCCGCUGUUGUCAAGACUCCCAAGAAGAAGGCUGCUGCCAAGCCUAAGAAGGCUGCCGCACAUCCUACCUAUUUGGAGAUGAUCAAGAAAGCUAUUUCAACCCUGAAGGAGAGGGGUGGUUCUUCCCGACAGGCUGUUCUGAAAUACAUCUUGGCCAACUACAAGGUUGGUGACAACCAGGUGGCCAUCAAUGCUCGCAUCAAGACUGCUUUGAAAAAUGGAGUCAAGAACGGCGCACUGAAGCAAUCAAAGGGAACUGGAGCCGCUGGAUCAUUCCGUCUUGGCGAGGCAAAGAAAGACGAAAAACCCAAGAAGGCUAAGGCAGCUGCCAAACCAAAGAAGGCUGCCAAAUCCCCCAAGAAAGUCAAGAAGCCAGCUGCUGCCAAGAAACCCAAAACAGCCGCUAAGAAGGCCGCUAAGUCACCAAAGAAGAAGAAGGCUGCUGCCAAGCCUAAGAAGGCUGCCGCACAUCCUACCUAUUUGGAGAUGAUCAAGAAAGCUAUUUCAACCCUGAAGGAGAGGGGUGGUUCUUCCCGACAGGCUGUUCUGAAAUACAUCUUGGCCAACUACAAGGUUGGUGACAACCAGGUGGCCAUCAAUGCUCGCAUCAAGACUGCUUUGAAAAAUGGAGUCAAGAACGGCGCACUGAAGCAAUCAAAGGGAACUGGAGCCGCUGGAUCAUUCCGUCUUGGCGAGGCAAAGAAAGACGAAAAACCCAAGAAGGCUAAGGCAGCUGCCAAACCAAAGAAGGCUGCCAAAUCCCCCAAGAAAGUCAAGAAGCCAGCUGCUGCCAAGAAACCCAAAACAGCCGCUAAGAAGGCCGCUAAGUCACCAAAGAAGGUGAAGGCUGCAGCCAAGCCCAAGAAGGCGAAGACACCCAAGAAGGCAGCA